UGGAAGAAGGAGUUCCAGGAACCUUUGGACAAUGCUCUCAGGCACAGGGUGGGAUUGUUGGAGUGUCCGUGCAGGGCCAUGAGUUGGACUCUGAUCCUUGUGGAUCCCUUCCAGGGUGUCAUGGAAGGCUACAAUGGCACCAUCUGUGCCUAUAGCCAGGCUGUCAGUGGGAAGUCCUUCACCAUGCAGGGAGCUGUGGAUCCUUCCUCACAGAAAGGGAUCAUUCCCAGGGCAUUUGAACACAUCUUUGAGAGUGUACAGUGUGCUGAAAACACCAGGUUCCUACUGAGAGCCUCCUACCUGGAGAUCUACAAUGAGGAUAGAGACCUUCUAGGAGCUGAUACCAACAGAAGCUGGAGGCCUGCCCCGGUGUACAAAACCAAGGCAGUAACAGCUUGCUGCACUCUGGGAUGGCAAAGACCCAAACUGCUGUACAGGACAGAGGGAGAGUGGGAGAAGGGGACUUCUUGCUGCAGUUUCCUCUCCUUUGUUCCACCGCGGCGGUGACACGGAUUUCCAUGGCGACGCGGAUGGCGCUGGGCAGGCAGGAGCUGGGCAGAGCAGUUUCCAGGGGCUUCUGCCUGCUGAGGCUGCUCACCUGGGAGCAAAUCCAGCUCCCUGCCUCAAACCCCAGGUGGAUCUGGAAGCAGAGAAGCAGCUGAUCAGAGAAGCUGCAGGUGCUGGAGCAGCAGGUGGUCGGGGGGGAGCAGGUUCAGAAUGAGGACCUGAAGGAAAAGCACAAACAAAAAAGGAAAAGCCAGAGG